CGUAUUGUGAUCGUCUGCUCGUUCGGUCCUUUUGUUUAUUUUCUAUUUAAAAGUCAACAUUAACACAAUGUUGAGGCCGAUGUCGUGCCUGUCAAAGCUGACACCGGUGAUGAUUUCGAUAAACGCGAAGCUCCUGUGCGGCAAUAAUGCAACCAAAGUUACGACUCCGGCAAUUGCGAGGAGUAUACACCUAACCUCUCGGACGUUGGCGGAUCGAAGAGACUUGCGAACCUUCAGGAUGAACAUGCCUGGCAAGGAUGAGGGAACUUUGGGUGAAAAAAUCAUCGACAUCGAAAAGCUUAGCGAACAAGAAGGCCUGUUUCCCGAUGUUAACACACCAAACAGACUCUUCAACGGGAUUCCGUUCAAGGAACUGCCUGUGGUAAAUAUUAAAGUCACGCGAAAUAAUACAAUUAUGACCCUUACGGAUUUCAAAGGAAAAGUACACAUUAUCAAGUCCUGUGGUACCGAAGGCUUCAAGACAGCCAAAAAGGGAACCAAUGUUGCAGCUCAAACAACUGCCAUCAAUUUAUCUAGUAAAGUACUAGGUCUUGGAGUAAGAACUGUAAGGGUACGAGUACAAGGAUUGGGGCCUGGUCGAAUGGCAGCUAUAAAAGGACUCCAACUGGCAGGCUUGGAGGUAGUAUCGAUCACAGAUAAUACUCACGUGUCGUGGGACCCACCAAGACCGAGAAAAGUUCGGAGGGUGUAAUCCAAUUGUUGCAAUAUUUUUAAUAAUA